AUGCUCUUGGCCUAUUAUAUCAAGUCAGGCACGUAUGAGAGUGAAUUAGCCCGCGACUAUUGGAUCUGGGGAAUUGUCGGCACCGUAGCUGCUUGUGCGCUAGUGCCAUUCUCCCAGCUCUGGGUACGGCAAAAGGUCUAUGAGAUCUUCCUCGCGUCGCACAUUAUUCUAGCUCUAUUGUUCAUUGUCGGUUACUACUACCACAUAUGGUACGUAUACACCUAUAACUGGGGCUAUGAGAUAUGGAUUUUUGUCGCCGGUGGCAUCUGGGGCCUUGACCGUGUCCUGCGAAUCGCCCGUAUGGUCCUCAAUGGCAACCAUACCGCUGUCAUCACCACACUUGAUGGCACAGAUGGGGAGUACUUCCGCAUUGAUAUUGAGGGGAAGUCGUUAGAGGAAGGUGUUGCCUAUCUUUGCUUCCCAACUUUGAGCUGGCGUUUCUGGGAAACACAUCCCUUCUCUGUGGCGUUCUCGGGGAUUGAAAGGGCCGAUGGCAAUCAGACGGACCCGGAACACGUAUCCGAGGGCGAGAAGUCUGUGGCCGUCUCGCGGGUCACCGAAGCCAAGAGAGCAGCUGAGGUUGGUAGCGGACGCUUUACCACAACCUUUCUCGCCCGCAGUCGGUCCGGCAUUACGGAAAAGCUUACAGCACGUAUAAGACGUGAAAGCGCUGUCAAUUCGCCUGUCCGUCUCCGAGUCCUCAUCGAAGGCCCGUAUCACCAUUCUGGCGGCCGCAUAGCCUCCCAGCUAAAGCCGUGUACCAGCCUGAACUACGGCGACCAGUCCAAAAGUUCGCGAAGCAGCAAGAUGGUUUGGGAGAAGCCCGAGGGCGGAUACUGGAUUGGCCCGGAUGCUCCAGAGGGGUCGUCCCAGCUGGGCAUCUGGUAUCCCCGUGCCGGCACACUCGGAGGCUGUGAUACUCACAAUGGAGGGCUGACGGUUCGUCCCUCCGACUGGGACUGGGAUAAUCUUGCCGACAUCACCGGCGACAAUAGCUGGGGGCACGACAAGAUGCUUGAGUAUUUUAAGAGACUCGAGCGUAAUUUGUACCUCCCUGAGGACACUCCCGGUCACGGCUUUUCCGGAUACCAGCCCAUCGGCGUCGGCAACAAGACCCUCAUAGAGGCUGACGAAAUGAUCAUGGCCGUUGCGCAGGGCUCCGCAGCUGCCCUUGGCUUUGAGCAGAGAAGUUCUAGUACCGACUUCGACACGGUCGCGAACCAUUCCCUUCAAAAGGAUGAGCAGGCCAAGCGUUUCAGUGCCGGCAGCCGUGUUAACCAGGGGGUUGCCGCUGGCAUCCCUCUCACCGUCAGCUUCGACAGCUUCGUUACAAAGGUGACGAUUGACGAGGACCUACGGGCCACUGGCUCGCAACAAUACAGGCAGUCCCCGCCACGCCGCCGCCAGGCGGAAGUAAUUGUUGCCGGCGGGGCCUUCAACACCCCUCAGAUCCUCAUGCAUAGCGGCAUCGGCCCAGCCGAGCAUCUGCAGGAACUAGGCAUCCCCGUCCUUCUUGACCUUCCUGGUGUCGGCCGGAACCUUGUCGACCACUAUGAAGUCCCUGUCGUACAAGAGCUCGCCAAGAAUUUCACGUUUUGGGACGACUGCGCCAACGAUCUCCCGAUUGAGCAGAACCCCUGCUACGAACAAUGGCUCAACGGCCAAGGGCCCUGGUCUACCCUUGGAUUCUACGAAUUCUGCAACCAUCCUUGGCCAUCUCCCCCUUACUAUAACUGGACUGAUAUCGAGUUGACCAACAACCAUUACACCUAUACCAUCUCGGAAUCUCACUCACGCAACCGCGCUGGUAGAGUUACUUUGAGAACCUCAGACCCCCUGGACGUCCCGGAGAUCAACUUUGAGUACUUUGCGGACGGUGGCGACGAGGAUGUCCAAGGUCUCAUUGACGGAAUCGAGUUUACUCGUAAGGUUUUUGAUUCUAUCCCUGGAGGUUCCAAUAUAUCAAUCAAGGAGGCCGUUCCUGGGCGCCACCUCAAUACUACACAGGAUCUAGCGCAAUGGAUUCGCGAUGAGGCGUACGGCCAUCACGCCGCCGGCACGGCUGCCAUUGGUGGUGAUGACGACCCUCUCGCUGUCUUAGACUCCCAAUUUCGCGUUCGGGGCGUCGAAGGACUCCGUGUUGUGGAUAUGUCUGUCUUCCCUAACGUCCCUGGAACCUUUCCCCUAAUUUCCAUCUUCAUGAUCAGUGAGAAGGCGAGUGAUGACAUUCUUCAUGACGCAGCCGCUUAG